GUCGAGCCGCAGAAUCCAACAUGAACGACGUGACGGCGAUCAUCACGGGUGCGGGGCAGGGCCUUGGCCUCGCCUUUGCGACAGCGCUCCUCGCCCAAGGCGCGCGCGUGCUCAUGACAGACAUCAACGGCGACGCCUGCGCUGCGAGCUGCCGUGCGCUCGAGGGCAAGCACCCGGGACGCGUCGCCUCAAUGCGUCAAGACGUGUGCGAAGAGGACUCGUUCGCCGCGGCCUUUGACGAAGCCGAGCGCCGCUUCGGACCCGUGAACGUCCUCGUCAACAACGCUGGCAUUGCGGUUCCGAUGAACUCGUUCUACGAGGACGCAGGCGCUGCGGGCUGGAAGAAGCUCAUGGAGAUCAACGUCGUUGCCGUCAUGCGGGGCACACAGGUUGCGCUGCGUCGGCUCGCGGCCAAGCCGGCGAUGGCGCCUAUUGUCGUCAACAUCUCGAGCGUCUCGGCCAUUUGGCCUGUCGUCGAGGCACCCGAGUACUCGACGUCCAAGGCGGCGGUGGUCGCGUUCUCGACGGCCGUCGGCAAGCACGUCAAGGCGACCGGCGUCCGCGUCGUCUCGAUCUGCCCGUCGUUUGCCGACACCGCGAUGGGUCGCGCGGCCGAAGAGUCCAAGCCGGGCAUGACAAAGGUCUUCGGCGACCUUAUGACGCCCGAGUUCGUUGCGCAAGGCGUCGUGCAGCUCAUUACGGACGUCGACAACUCGGGUGGCGUCAUGAUCAUCACGAACCGCGGCUUCAAGUACCGCGGUGGCGGCGCCCCCAAGUCCAAGAUUUAAAGAUCUAAGACCGACGCCUCUUAAGCUGCUGAGAUGGCGCAACUCCUUCAUAACAGCGUUUAGC